GUGAAUUCCAGGUGAGGUUGAAAAUAAGACCCGCGAGAGCGACGACGUCCUCUGUGGAUGUGGAUUGCAGCCGUACGUUGUUAGAGUGACAGAUCGCUGCAUGCAAACACAAGUAAGACCAUACGGACACGUCCACACUCAUCCCCCCACGUGAUUUUCACGUUUUACGCUCCAACCAAGGAAGGAAGGAAGGAAGAGCUUCACACUAACAAAAAUGGUACAGAGACUUCUCGAGCAGUCCCACUUCAGAAUCUGUUCUUUACUUUGCCAACAACACAUCUCUCAAUCAAGAAACCUAUUCGGAAACGUGCGUCAAAAGGGCUUUUCUUUUGUACCUAUAAUUGGUGACGAAAUGGAUGGAAGCGAGAGAAAAUUAGGAUCUUUUGCAAGAAACAAUACUAAUAUUUCCAUGGAAAUCUCCAUAGCAGAAGCCUCCUCUAUGUUUCCGGGUUUCCGGUUUUCCCCGACAGACGAGGAGCUGAUUCAGUAUUACCUGAGGAAGAAGCUUCAGGGGUCCGAUGAGGGUGUUGAGGUUAUUCCUGAGGUUGAUAUUUGUAGGCAUGAGCCUUGGGAUUUACCAGCUCAAGCCAUUAUUCAGUCGGAUAAUGAAUGGUUCUUCUUUUCUCCUCGUGGGAGGAAGUAUCCAAAUGGUUCUCAAAGUAAAAGGGCAACUGAAUCCGGAUACUGGAAGGCAACAGGAAAAGAACGAAGUGUAAAAUCGGGUUCAAAUGUAAUUGGCACAAAGAGGACUUUAGUGUUCCACACAGGUCGGGCACCAAAAGGGCAAAGAACAGAGUGGAUAAUGCACGAGUAUUGUACGAGUGAGAAAUCCCAGGACGCUAUGGUAGUUUGCCGCUUACGGAAGAACAGUGAAUUCCAUUUAAAUGACAAUCUGAAAAAGAAUUCUAUCAAGAAGGAUUUGCCAGCAGUAAAUAACAGUAUGACUAGUUUAUCUUGUGGUGAGCAAUCCGGUAUGGUUGAUGGGGUGAAGCCAGUUGAUAGCUGUUCAAAGGACUGUACUAGCAGUUACAAUUCUCAGUCUGUAGAACAAGUUGACACUGGUGCUGAAUCUGAUGAUAAACAACCGAGUGAUUUCUCUCAGGACGGCUGUUCGAGCCUCAAGAAGGAUUAUGCUGACGAAGAGGAUUGUUACGCCGACAUAAUGAAGGACGACAUAGUUAAGCUAGAUGAGCAUCCUGGGCCGUCGGUGGUGCCUGUUGUAAAACCCAAGUCUGAACUGAGGAACAAUCAGGCCACUGUGUCUUUGCUUCCUUUCCAGGGAACCGCAAAUCGACGGCUCAGACUGAGAAGGCAUAGGAUUGAAUCUUAUCAGGAGGGGCGAAUCGAGAUCUAUAAAUUUGUGAAACAGAAUAUUCCUAUUGAGGGCGGCCCUGAUUCGAACACUUGGCGGAGACCUGAGAGCUUGAUCGACAAUUUGACGACUAAAAAGAUCAAACUUCCAUUCUUCCUGCUUCUCUUAACGUUAAUCUUGAUGAUACUAUUUCUGUCCUUCAUAGUGGGAUUCCUGGCUGAUCAUAAUGGAUAAGACGGGUGAUUCUUCCAAGCCUGGCUGACUUUCUGAAUUAAAGAUUGUCACAUAUUGGCUGGUACGCUUAUCAUCCCAUAUACUGAGCAAACAGUGCAAAGAAGAAGCGCAUCAAGUUUUGAUCUGUGGAAAGUGAGAUGACAAUGUAUAUGGGAAUUAUGAUGGAGCAGUUGUAUUAUACUGUAGACACUCAAAAUAGGGUACACGUACAAUUAGUGUCGUUGAUUACAAUGUGUGUGGGAUUUAAUAUGGAUUUGUGUGUACAUAGAAUUGAUUACUUGGUAGAAAUAGAUACUGUAUAUUUGAUGUAUGGAUCAUACCUUGCUGGAGCUGUAUAGGUUUACCUGGCAGUUCCUGAUUCAUGGUAUCAGCACAUUUUGUGUGUUCAAGUCCGUGUGGUACCAGAGUGAGUUGUAGCAUCACAAGAAGCAAAGAAUGCAGAAAAUUGUUGGUUUUGUUGUUGUAACGUCAAUGUAAUAGUAUGAGAUAUUAUCUGAUGUAUGCGUGAGUUUUCCUGGA